GUUGCCAGAUCGUAGCUAAGGCGUCCGGAGGAAUAACAAAUAUUGUAGAAGGCAUAUUCAAGAUUCGCCGAAAUGUCUAUGAUUCCAUUCUUUCCCACCCUCAAAGUCUCCGUGGCAAAUCGCUACUGGUUGGACAUGGCUCCUGCUUCUGUAAACGAAGAGUCCCAGACGCGGCGCUACGAGGAAGAUCGCAGCAACUUUCGUGAGUCGCUCAAAACAGCCUGCACAGAUCUGCAGCCAUUGGGUAAGAUGCUCACCAUACCUGGAAUAGAAACCGACGACGAGGAUGCCAACGACGACAGCGAGGACACGGACAGUCAUGACGAGGAAGAUGAUGAGACGAACGACCGCGUCAUUCCAGUCACACAGGACUUUUACUCCGCCGACGAUAUCCAGAUGAACGACGAGACAUCUCCCACAGCUCCAUGAAUGGUUACUAAGCGGAUCGCCAACCUUUUAAUUGGGAUUAUAACAUUUACUAGGAUGUAGAUGUGAAUUAGAAUGUUCUUCGGCUGGUGGAUACACAAUUAUUUAUUUUCGCGUUUUGUUCCCUUUACAAACCGUAAUAACAAGUGUCGGAUACUUUAGGCUUAAAUAAAUUAAAACAUAGUAA